CAGUCCCACAUCAAAGGCAGAUACAUGAAGCGGAGCAGGGGGGCGGGGACGGCGUUAGCCGUCGGGUUUGAAAUAAAUUUGUAACUUACAUGGGACAGAAUCUUGUGCGUAGCUCUGAAGAGGCGGUCGCUCAAAGUAUCAACGGGGGGAUUUUUAUAGAAUUGUUUGUAUCUUUGUUGCAGGUUUCAUUCGUUACAAGAUAUUGCAAGAUGAGGAACCCACGCCUGCUCUAUUUGUUGCUCCUCUACGUGGCCGGAGGCUGCCCCAAGCCCACUUUGAGACACGAGCGGGUCCAUCAAGAGCCACAGCUCAGCGAUCAGGUACACGCCGACUCGGAAAACUUCCAGUACGACCAUGAGGCCUUUUUGGGCAAGGAAGAAGCCAAGACGUUCGAGCAGUUGACCCCGGCGGAGAGCGUGGAAAAUCUGCGAAAAAUUGUGGAAAGGAUAGACGCCAACCAGGAUCAGUUUGUAACCACUGAAGAACUGAAGGCAUGGAUUAUACGAGUGCAGAAACGUUAUAUUUAUGAAAAUGUAGCGAAAGUGUGGAGGGACUAUGACCUGAACAAAGACAACAAAAUUUCCUGGGAAGAAUACAAAAAAGCGACGUUUGGCUACUACCUUGACAAUCCUGAAGAGUUUCAAGAUGCAGCAGAUCAGCUGAGUUUCAAGAAGAUGCUUCCUCGAGAUGAGCGGAGAUUUAAAGCUGCAGAUCUAGAUGGAGACAUGGUAGCCACCAGAGAGGAGUUUACAGCCUUUCUUCACCCAGAAGAGUUUGAGCACAUGAAAGAAAUUGUUAUAUAUGAAACUCUUGAAGAUAUUGAUAAGAAUGAAGAUGGCUUUGUUGAUGAGGAUGAGUACAUUGCUGAUAUGUAUGCACGAGAAGAAGGUGUCCCUGAGCCUGAAUGGGUCAAGACUGAGCGGGAGCAGUUUUCCGAUUUCCGUGACUUAAACAAGGAUGGAAAGAUGGACAAAUCUGAAAUCAAACAUUGGAUCCUCCCGGAGGAUUAUGACCAUGCACAGGCUGAAGCCAGACAUCUGGUCUACGAAUCUGACAAAAACAGAGAUAAAAGAUUAUCAAAACAAGAAAUCCUAGACAAUUGGAAUAUGUUUGUUGGCAGCCAGGCCACCAACUAUGGGGAAGAUUUGACUCGAAACCAUAUUGAGUUGUGAUAGCAACGAAGGAAAAUAAAGUUGGCAGUGUGACAACUCUCCUUCCACUUAUAAACACUUAGCAUUAUUCUAUUGAAGAUACAGGAGUGGGCUAAUGGACUGCAAAUACUUACCAUUUGUAAAGUUGCUGAAGCUGUUACUCCAAUCUCGCUCUCUUAAUGUAGUCCAUUCUUUACCUCAUUAACUCACGGGCUACCUAAGUCCAGAUGUUUGUUUACACCAUUGAUGAGUGAGUGCUAAUCCAUGUGUGUUGUACAGAACCUUUAUUUCAAUACAUAGUACAGUUGUAUAGUAUAAAAUACUUGGGAAUGUUGGGUACAUUCAUUUAUUUUUCUGUUCAUUUGGGAUAUAAGAUGCCAGAUCAUUUCUACCCCGUAAUGAAAUCUCUUAUUGUAAGUAAUGAAACACCAGCUAGAUCUUCUGCUAGGACAGCCAAGUGUUAUCUGGUUGUGUUCUGAAUUAAUACUACAUAUGGCGCCAAUAUGAGAGUGUGCAUUACUGAAGAUAACAUAUUCAAUUGAUUUUAACAUUUGCUUCCAAAACUGUGAACUCCACCAUUUAGGAGGAAACAGUCAGCAGGUAUUUGGGAACAUCAGCUGUACAUUGUCCUCCAAAUCACACACCAUUCUGACUUGGAAACACAUUGUAAUUUCCAUCAAGGUCACUGGGUCCUGACCUAAUAGCACUGUGGGUGCAUCUACACCAUACAGCAGUUCAAGUAGGUCGCUCAUCACCGGUUUCUCAAGAGCAGUUAGGGCUGGUUAAUAAAUACUGGUUUUGCCAGCAAUCUCUAAAUCCUGAGAAUGAAGUUAUAAAAAUCCUGCGAUCUGUCUUUUUGAAUGGUAUUAAUUUUCCAUUGCUUUUUUUUUGUUCUAUACUGAUAAACUGUGGAAUAAUUGAGCCACCAUAUUCAUUGACCUAACUUACAUAAUGUCUUUGUGUGCAUUUCCUGGGAAACUAAACUUCUUCAGUUGGUUCAUUCCAAAUGAUGCAAUGGGUCAUUUUGUGUUGGGUAAUCUGAACGGCUUACCAGGGCACUAGAUCUGGCAGGGAGGGACAAUGAAAAAUCAGUAAAAAGAAACUGACUACCUACGGUUUACGGCACCAAAUCAUCUAUUUUCAGUGAUGACAAUCAGAUUUUUUGGGUAGUUGUUAGUUGUUAGACUUAGAUUUGGUCAUUCUUUUCAGGUUAGUUGACAAAUGUUGUGUUGCAUUUAUGUAGCAUCUCCAAGAAGGGAAAAAACAGUAAUACUUGGAAAUGGAUGUACUGGACCUUCUGUUUGAAGUAUGUGUAAUUGAAACUUUAAUAAUUUUUUUUUCUUUGAAGCUUUAAUAAUGUAAUAAUCUAUGUGAUAUAUUGUGACAGAUGGUCAAACAAUUGGUCAAGGAAGUAGGUAUUAAGACAAGUGGGGGGGCUUUAAGAAGGGAAUUCCAAUGUUUUGGACCUGGGCAACAGCAGGUACUGCUGAUAUUGGUGGAUCGAUUUAAACAGAGCUUAGUAAAAGGCCAAAAUUGGAGGAGUGCAGAGAUUGUAGAGGGAUGUGGAGCUUAUGGUGGUUGCAGAGAUAGGAAGAGGAGUUCAUGGACAGAUUUGAACAAAAGAAUGAGAAUUUAAAAAAUGGGGCAUAAUUGGAUUGGGAACCAAUGUAAGCCAUUGACCACAAAGGCAUGAAUGAGAUUUCAGCAGUAAAUGAGCUGAAGGAGGCAUAGAGACAGCUGAUAUUGGGAAGUGGUGGUCAGAAGCUUAUCUUGGAGUCAUUUUGGUUGUGAACCGACAAGUUCAGCCCAGUUGCCAGGGUAAGGAAUGAGCGUGAUAGCUUAGGAACUGAGUUUGUGAUGUGGGGAUGGGGUUGUAGACAAUAUCUUCCAUUUCUUCCAAUAGUUAGUUGAAGAAAAUUUCUGCUUACCCAGUAUUGGAUGUGAACCAAGCAAUCUGACAAAUCAGAGACAGUGUAUGUCAAGAGAGGUGAAAGUAAGGUAAAGCUGACUGUGAUAACUGAACAUACAGAAUGCAUUUCUUUAUGAUGUUAUAUAAUGGCAGAAUGUAGAAAGUGACUCCAAAGAUAGAUCUAUGGGGGAUUACCUGAAGUAGUGAUGCAAGAGUGGGAAAAGAAAGCAGGUGAUUUUCUGCCUAUAACUGGAUAAUUAGAUGCUGUGCUAUGACAUACAAAAGUAUUGCUUCAGAUAGAAAUGGAGCUAAAGGAGUUGAUUAGCACUUUUGCAUCUUCUGAUCUGUUAUGUCUAAUUAUAUCCAAGAUUUCUACAAUUACUGUCAUUUUAUGGGAUUAUAACCAGACUGGGAGCCAAGUGAUAUGGAGUACUUCCAUUUCAAAAUCUUUUUUUCUGUGUACACGUAGAUGGAUUCUUUAAUGAAGAAUUUAAUUUAGUUCAAUUCAAUUGUACAUAACAUAGUUCAAUGUUGUGGUGUUGGCCUGAUACUAAAAUUCCUUGCGGCACUGAAUGGUGUGUGAUAAUGUGUAGGGACCAUUUUGUGUAAAGAAAAAGUAUACUUGCUUCACCUCUGGUACUUCUUGCACUUUCCAAAUCAAAGGUGAAUGCUCCUUGGUUUGGUGAUCACCUUCAUCGGCUAUUUAAAUUCUCCAGAAUAAAUGUUGCCAAUGAUUCUAGUGAAAAGCACCAAAACCAACUGCCUUAUUUUUGAGUUCUUGUGUUAGCUUGCAUUUUUAUAUACUUUUAGGGUAAUAAAACAUCUCAAGGUUCUUCAAAGAGUGUGAUCAACCAAAGUUUGACAUGGUGUUGCAGAAGGAAAUUUAAGGACACGUGACUAAAAGUUUCAUUCAAGAAAGAGGAAAAAAAAAGACGUAGAGAGGUUUGAGUUUGGUAUAUUAGAAUUAAUGCCUAGAUAGUUGAAAUUACAGCCACUUCACCAGAUUAAAAUCAUAAAACCCAAGGGCAUAGAAUUGGAGUAUCAAAAUGUUAGAGGGCUGUAUCACCAGAGGAAGGGAAAAAAACGAGGUUGUU